AUGGUGCCCCAACCACUGAACCUCUCCUCAAACUCUUUUCUUUCGGCUCCAACAGCACGAACCUUUGGACCAAAGACACCGACAGAUCUAUGCGCUUUCCCACCGUACGCAAGCCUACCAGCUCCAAGACAGCGCCGUCGCGCUACAGUAAUUGCCCUCAACGGCAGAACACCUCCCCAAUUCGCCCUAGACUCGCCUCCGCGCAGGCGUAAGAGCGCGACUAAUCGUCGCAAGAGUUUACAGCCGCAUCUUUGCUCUGCGCAGAAUCUUACGUUGCGUAAUCCGAGCAAUGGCCUGAUGCAGCAAGGUUCUGCUAAGCGCAACAGUCUUUGCCAUUGCACUUGGGGCCUGGAUAUAAAAUUGACUGAGCUUUGUGUUGAGCAACCAGAUCGCCAAGCUUUGCGGUCGCCGGCAUUAUUUGCGCCUUGUCGUUGGAGUAUUCCUUCACCUACGCCGGGGAGUUCUUUUUCGCAGAGUGGGCGGGUUUAUCAGUUUCAGGGUCACUGUAGUGGGAGUCGCAAGAGCAGACGGGCUACGUGGGCAUUUGAUAUGGAUGGAGAGCGAAAGGGAGAUAUUAUGUUUAUGGGUAAUGACAUCUUGAUUCAAAUUGACCCCGUGGAUACAAGUGAAAAGCCUCCCUCCAAUAUCGAAAGCUCUAUAGGUGUCAACCUUGGGUCGCGCCAUAGUCAUGACAUAGUUUGGGGUGACCUUUGUCAUAGACUCGGUAAUGUCUCUUGA